AUGGUGGAAUCGGUUCGUAUUGCUGAUCUUCAGAAUCCGAAGCUUGACAUCUACCCAUACACCAAGUUUGAAUACGAUCCAUAUACAGUUUUCGAUUCAUUUUACGUCAAAGUGUACGGUGAAGCUAGGUCACGUAGCGAAGACGGUCAACCUGCGAAUGAAAAUACUGUGGUAAUGGGCGUUAUCACAUCAACGCCGUCUAGUGAAAUCGUGGAUGUUGAUCGCCAGCUGUCAUUUCCGACAAUGAGCGCGACAAAGCCGAGCGGUUUUCCUGUUCCUGUAAACUUUCCACCGACAUUGAUGCCGACGUUAGCACCAGCUGAUGUCACGACAUCGGACGCUAUCUUCCGAUUAACUCCAAUACCUUUAGACUUCCGAUUAGUUUGA